UCAAUAUCUUGUACUGACGAUGAACAUGUUCCUCAUAUUCGUAUUGUUCUGUUCAUGGCGUCUUGUUGGAGUGUUUGGUGCUAUAUCACAGGCAUCAGAUGUAGCGGUGGAAGGAGAGUCUGUCACUCUAAAUGCUGGUUUUAUUCCAAUAAAGCCAGGUGAUUGGAUUCAGUGGUUGUUUGAGAAUGAUGUCAUUGUUGAUACCAAUGUGACAACCGGCAGCAUGACUGUAUAUGAUGAUGUUCUUGACGGGAAAUUCAGAAACAGACUGAAGCUGGACAAUCAAACCAAAUCUUUGACCAUAACAAACAUUACAACUGAAGAUGCUGGAGAUUAUAGUGUAUCAACCAGGGCACCAAUGAUGAUAACAUAUAGGCUCAAUGUCUAUGCUCGUCUGCCGGUUCCUGUCAUCAGCAGUAACUCUACAAACUGUUCUUCAUCAUCAUCAUCAUCAUCAUCAUCGUGUUCAUUGGUGUGUUCAGCGGUGAAUGUGAGUCAUGUGACUCUCUCCUGGUACAAAGGAAACAGUUUAUUGUCCAGCAUCAGUGUGUCUGAUCUCAGCAUCAGUCUCUCUCUACCUCUGGAGGUGGAAUAUCAGGAUAAAAACAGCUACAGCUGUGUGAUCAACAAUCCCAGCAGCCACCAGACUCAACAUCUGGACAUCAGCAAGCUCUGUCACUCAUGCUUUGUCCACUGCUGUGGUUCUACUGAAGCUGUGAUCCGAUUGGUCCUCUCUGCUCUGGUGGGCGUGGCUACUGUCAUUCUUCUGGUUUAUGACAUCAGAUCCAGAAGAGCUGAACAGGAUCAAGCACAGAUUUACUCAUCAGGAGUGAUUGCCGAUGAUGGAGAGAUGUUAGCUGCUGAAGAAAGAUCUGUCACUCUUAACUCUAAUCUUACUGAAAUGAUGGAUGACAGUGUGAUUCAGUGGAGGUUUGUAAGUGAAAACGCUUUAAUAGCUGAAAUCAAUAAAUGGGCUGACAGGAUGACUGUGUAUGAUGAUGUUCUUGAUGGGAGAUUCAGAGACAGACUGAAGCUGGACAGUCAAACUGGAUCUCUGACCAUCACAAACAUCACAGUGAAACAUGCUGGACGUUAUGAACUGCAGAUCAACGGUGUGAUCAAGUCCUUUAAUCUUACUGUCGUCAGACUGAAGUUCUUGUCAGUGAAAAAGCACAGUUCUGUCACUCUGAUCAAUGAUCUUAUCGAAGUGAUGGAUGUUGAUCUGAUUCAGUGGAGAGUUGGACUUAAAGGACCUCUAAUUGCUGAAUUCAAUGUACUGGAGAAAACCAGCAGUGUAUAUGAUGAUGGCUUCUAUGGGAAAUUCAAAGACAGACUAAAGCUGGAUGGUCAAACUGGGUCUCUGACCAUCACAAACACCAGAACCACAGACAGCAGUUUUGAACUCAAGAUCAACCUUAUGAAGAAAUAUUUCAUUCUCCGUGUCUUCGGUGGGUUAAAUAUCAGUUUUGCCUGUUUUACAUUUUAA